AUGGCAAGAUGCGAUAUAUGUGACGCGCCUGGCGCUCUGGAAUGCCCUACCUGCAACUCGAUCGCAUACUGCUCUGAUAAAUGUCGAUCUAUCAAUGCAUACGUCCACGAUAUGCUCUGCAGCCAGUUCGCAAGCAUCAUCGAAUCCAAUCCCAAGCCUGUAAAAGAGUUGGUCUGGCUGACUACACAUCGUUCGGGCAAACUUGAGAUUGUGGAAUCUGGAGAAGCAGAAAACCAGCCUGAAUACAAACAAUACCUUGGUGCUGGACAGCCAACUGUAGGUCGCGAGGUAAUCUUACACAACAUUCAACCCAAGUUCCUUUUGGGCCGGACUCUCACCAUCGACUACCGCGAUAGCGUCUUCAGCGAUGGCUCUAAAGAGAAUGAGUGUGUAGCCGCUAUCUCUGAUGGUCACCAUCGUCAUCGUUGGUGUGGCGAGAUCAUGUUGGUCAGCAUCAUCAGCGUGGAUCCUCCUCGAUCAGUCUACCAAAAUGUCACUGUCGCGGACGCUCACAUUGCGGCAGCUUUCUUCAGAGGCUCGGGAGCAGGUGUUGGGGUCGAUGAAUCACUCAGCAUUACAAGCUUUUAUAAGGAUGCACAGGGCAACAUUAUGCUUUCUACUAAGAAGUAUUCAAAUGCUAACCAACCCAAUUUCGAGCGUCCCGAUACCGAGCCUCCUUCUACCCAUCGUUGCCAUACCAAGCGUUCGAACGUCAAUGUCCAAGCAGAAGUAUUUGACGAAUCACCCGCCUUGACCACUGGAGUUUUUGCUGGACCAACUGCGAAAGGCGUCUUUAUCAGAUCUGAUCAUGCCAAUAUGAACCAAUACACGGAGGUCGAUAUUCCCAUCGCUCUUAAGAUAUUCAACCAAGUUCCUGUCUGUAUCUCAAAGAUCAUGGACAUUCCCCUCCUUCUCUACAGGAAGCCGGGUAUCAAAGGUCGCACAAAUACGGCAGCAUGGGCUUUGUGUUUGGAUUUCGAGACAAACAGUCCAAAAUGGGGGCAAGUGAAGGACAAACAAUGGGUCAGAGAAACCAUUGGCGGCGCAUGGGUCGUGAGACAAGAUAAAAAGGAUUUGACAGUCCAACAAAUCGAAGCUUUGACGGCAUUUUGCAGUGGUCCUUUGCAUCAAGUCUUGGUUGGAGAUGAUUUUGUCCGAGAGAUGGAAUUCUCGAUCAAGGCCUUGCACAAGGCGCGGAAGAGAGCACUUGGAGAGCAUGCUUGCAAGGGGAAAUUCGAGGAGUUUUUCGUACGCAUGAAGAAGGAGAAGUCGUGGACCAACGCAGUCUUCCCAUAUGAAAUUUGAUGCGGAUGAAUGAAGAGGAUAUGGUGGACCUCCAGGAUGUGAAAUGAAGACUAGACUAGGAUUGGAUCGAUCGUGGGGAGGAGCUUGGUGCUGAGGGACGGGUGCUGAAAAGAAGUGGGAUCGUGCAAAUAGUUCAUUUCGACAGGUAUUCAACGAGUCUUCAUUGUCCCUAAUGAUCUUGAGACAAUCCGAGGUUCGCGCGUACAAGCUCUCUUGUCUGCUUUGGAGUGGUUGCGAGGGUAAUUUGAAUGCUUAGUGCUUUGAGCCCUUUAUCGAG